CAUUCGUGAAAUGAAAUUUCACAUAUCGAUAUUAAUGUGUAAAGCGAAAUAUUUAAUACCGAUGCGUGAAAUGCAAUGCAAUUGUUAUGGGAUUUAUUUCACGCAUCGCUGCCAUAAGAGCGUACACACUUUUCGACAUCGGCAUUGUUAUGGCGUAGUGUGCUUUGGCUGCAAUUCUGACGUUUUGUUAUUAGACGCUAGAUUUACUACUGUCAAUCCUAUAUGAUGGAUACCGAUUUGCCAGGCACCCCGCCUAAAAUCACGGCUAUAGCCAACCAAGCGAGCACCGCCCUACUACCAGUUAAGUCUUUCACCAUAUAUGAGAACACGUACCAGAAAUUUAUGGAAUGGAGGCAUCAAAAUAACAUUCAUUCUUUCUCCGAGAAUGUUAUUUUAACUUACUUAUCUGAGUUAUCAAAAAACUUUAAAUCUUCAACACUUUGGAGUAGUUAUUCGAUGUUGAAGAGUACUCUCAGUGUCAAGCAAAACAUAAAUAUUGGUGAAUAUCCUAAAGUACGCGCCUAUUUAAAAAGAAAAAAUGAAGGAUACAGUCCAAAAAAGUCAAGAGUUUUGGAAAAAGAACAAAUUUUGAAGUUUAUAAAGGAGGCACCUGAUGAAACAUUUUUACUGGCUAAAGUCAUUUUAGUAUUUGGAUUGGCUGGUGCUCUCAGAAGAGAUGAAAUUUACAAACUAAAGACAACCGACAUCCAAGAUAUGGGAAAUAUCCUUAUAGUGCAUGUCCAUGACACCAAGAACAAGAUUUCAAGGAAAUUCACCGUAACUGAACACUUGGAAUUAUAUAAAAAAUAUGCGUCACUUCGUCCACAAAACUAUCCCGAAACCAAGUCCUUUAUUAAUUUUCAAAGGGGAAAAUGCACUCGUCAGGUGAUUGGCAUAAAUAAAAUUGGCAAAGUACCUUGCGAAAUUGCGAAAUAUUUAAAAUUGCCCAAUUCUGAAGAGUACACCGGUCACUCUUUCAGAAGGUCUUCUGCUACAUUACUAGUAGAAGCCGGCGGAGAUUUACUUACUCUAAAAAAGCAUGGAGGAUGGAAAUCUUCGACCGUCGCAGAAAGUUACGUAGAAAAUUCACUCAACAAGAAAAUUGAAGUUUCCAAUAAAAUAUUGGCAGUCCAAAAUAACACUGCUGCUAAAAGCACUGUAAUGGAAAAACCAUUAAGCGAUUCAGCGAAGGUAGAAAUUAGCAACCCGACAAAUUGUACCAUUACUAUUAAUAAUUAUUAUAACAAAGAAAAUUAACCAAUGUUUAAUUUGUCUGUGAUGUUAGUUCAAUAAAAAGUUACUCUGUUAUAUGUAUGGUCGUAGAAAAAGUAUAGUGUGUAACACGUGCGUGAAGGAUUUUGUACACUCUCGUGGUUUGCAGCACUCGCUACGCUCGUGCUGCAAACUCCACGCUCGUGUACAAAAUCUCACUUCACGCACUUA